UCCGGGCCGUCGCGGGGCCCCGCGGAGGAAGCCGGAAGCCGCCCCGCUCGGCGCCGGCGUGUGCGCGCGGGAACCCGGCGGGCGGCCCCGGGGCGGCCGGGCCAUGGGGACCGCGCUGCUGUACCACGAGGACAUGACGGCCGCGCGGCUGCUGUGGGACGACCCCCAGUGCGCCAUCGAGACCCCCGAGCGCCUCACGGCGGCCCUGGAGCGCCUGCGGCGGCGCGGCCUGGAGCGGAGGUGCCUGCGGCUGGCGGCGCGGGAGGCCUCGGAGGCCGAGCUGGGCCUGGUGCACAGCCCCGAGUACGUGGCCCUGGUGCGGGGGACGGAGGCCUUGGACGUGGAGGCGCUCCGGGAGCUGUCUGCACAGUAUGACGCCGUCUACUUCCAUCCGAGCACCUACCACUGUGCCCGGCUGGCUGCCGGGGCCGCGCUGCAGCUGGUGGACGCUGUGCUGACCGGAGCUGCACACAACGGCCUCGCCCUCGUGAGGCCUCCUGGGCACCACAGCCAGCGGGCUGCUGCCAACGGGUUCUGCGUGUUCAACAACGUAGCUCUGGCAGCCAAACAUGCCAAGCAGAGCUAUGGGCUGCAUAGGGCACCCAGUAUAUCUUCGAGGAUGACCCCAGGUGAGCUGGGGGUGGGCCACGGCCCUUUCCUAGGACCCCACUCUGGGAGUGGAGCUUGGCCUGGCGUGCUCUACUUCUCCUGGCACCGCUAUGAAUACCGGCACUUCUGGCCUUUCCUGCGAGAGUCGGACGCAGACGCAGUCGGCAGGGGCCGGGGCCUCGGCUUCACAGUCAACCUGCCCUGGAACCAGGUCGGGAUGGGAAAUGCUGAUUACUUGGCUGCUUUCCUGCACGUGCUGCUGCCGUUGGCCUUUGAGUUUGACCCCGAGUUGGUGCUGGUAUCUGCAGGAUUUGACUCAGCUAUUGGGGACCCUGAGGGGCAGAUGCAGGCCACGCCCGAGUGCUUUGCCCAUCUCACGCAGCUGCUGCUGGCGCUGGCCGGGGGCCGGGUCUGUGCCGUGCUAGAGGGUGGUUACCACCUCGAGUCCCUGGCCGAGUCCGUGUGCAUGACGGUCCAGGCGCUGCUGGGCGACCCUGCUCCGCCUCUGCCGGGGACCCUGGUGCCGUGUCGCAGGUACGGGGAGCGGGGGGAGGGAAGGUGGGCAGGGCGUCGGCCUCACCCCACCCUGCCCCGCAGUGCCCUGGAGUCCAUCCAGAGCGUCCGUGCCGCCCAGGCCCCACACUGGGCCAGCCUCCAGCACCAAGGUCAGUGGGGACCAGGGCGUGGGCCCACCCACAUCUGCGCCAUGGGCCGAGAGCGCGGUGUGACCCUGACCUGCCUGCCAGCCAUGGCCCCUGCCCCGAGUCCCGGUGCCAGCUCCUUGGAGGGGAGACCACUGCCUCUGCUGCCCAGGGAGCCCGCAUACAAGGUAGCUGCCCUGAGCUGCCGCCCCUCGCCCCCCAUCUGCACGGCUGUUGUCCUGACUACGCCAGAGGCUACCCUGUGUCUGCCCCCCGGUGUCGUCCGUCAGGAGGAGGCAGCCCCGCAGGAGGAGGCUGAGGCCUGGGCCAGGCCACACGGGGCUCUGGCCCAGGGCGAGGCCCUUACUGUCCUCGGAAAGGUCCUGUGCCUUGUAGACAGAAUCCUGGACGGGCAGGUGGGCAGUGGCAUCACAGCCAUUCCGGCCCCUGCCUUAGCUGCCACCCUGGACGUGAGCAUUCGGCGUGGCCUGUUUCACGGAGCCCAGAGGCUGCUCUGUGUGGCUGUGGGACAGCUGGACCGGCCCCCCGACCUCGCCGAUGACGGGAGGACUCUGUGGCUGAACUUCAGGGAUGAGCAGGCAGCAGCCCUGUCUGUUUUCCACGUUUCCGUGCCGCUGCCAGGGGCGACCGGUGGGUUCCUGAGCUGCGUCUUGGGCCUGGUGCUGCCACUGGCCUAUGGCUUCCAGCCUGACCUGGUGCUGGUGGUGCUGGGGCCAGCCCAUGGCCUGCAGGACCCCCAAGCUGCACUCCUGGUCACGCUGCUGCGGGGGCCAGCGGGGGGCCGGGUCCUGGCCCUGGUGGAGGAGGAGCCCAAGCCCCAGCUUGCAGGGAUCCUGGCCCGGGUGCUGCAUGGAGAGGCUCCCCCCAGCCUGGGCCCCUUCUCGGCGGCCUCCCCUGAGUUCACACAGGCCCUGGGGCACCUGAGAGGGCAGCUGGAGGUGCAUUGGAAGAUGCUGCAGGUGGCCGGCGAGGCUGGGGACACAGUCCUGUCCUAGGGCGCUGGGGAGAGGGCACUCCCUGGACCCACCCAGCCAGCGCGGGCAGAUGGAGCGCGCGGCCCCGUCCAGCCCCUCGGCCACCGGCGUCACGGGUAGCCUGAGAUCCGCCGAGCUGGGAGCAUCUACAGCGCGGAAGUAACGCUACAGUCCCCCGGCCGCUGCGGGACAAUCGCCGGCGCGCCGCUGCCUGCGGCCCUCGGCGGCGCCUCUCCCGCGGCGCGCCCGGCUCUAUCGGCCCCGCCGACCCCGCCCUGUCAGUAAAGCGCGGAUCAAACGCAA